AUGGAGUUAAUGGUGGACACCGCUAAGAGCCAGGGUCAGACCCAGAGCCAGGGGGGUCAGGCUGUCUCCUCUCCCUCAAUCUUCCCGUAUCGCUUCACCUCGGACGGGCGUCUGUGUCACCGGGUCACCCAGGAGCCCUUCAUGUUCCGGCGGGGCUGUGACCCAGACGCCACCCAGAGAGAGGACCGGGCCUUGUGUCUCCACGUCACCCAACACGUUCACUCUCUCCUGGAGGAGCAGCUGCACCUCAUCAGGCUCUACCUCCCAUCUCUCAGCAAGGAGGACUACCUCCCUCCUCCACCUCUAAGCAAGGAGGUUUACCGCCCUCCUCCAUCUCUAAGCAAGGAGGUCUACCUCCCACCUCCACCAGAGCCCCAGGGGCAGGGGGACCACAGGGUCUACUUUAGCCCCCACCGAGAAGCCCCCAGCCAGGGCUACGUGUACCUAUCCCCUGGGGCCCUGGAGAGCCCUGCCACCCUGUUGGUGGUGGUCCAGGACCGGGGAACGAUGCUCUGUGGGCUGUGGAGCUGGAGGGUUGCUGCCAGCGAGGGUCUGGAGAGAGGCAGCAUGAUCCCCUACGUGAGGAAGGUCCUGGAAGAGGGCAGCUCUGUCCUCCUGAUGAACCCCAACCAAGGAGGAGGUGUUGGGGAGACUCCAGAGGAACACGUCCGCCGCGUCUGGGACCUCCUGGUGUCGCGCUGCGUCUCCCGGCAUGUUGUCGUGGUAGCGCACGGUUACGGAGGCCUGGCGUUCGUGGACCUGCUGUGCCGACGCCCACAGCAAGUGGUGAGGCAGGUGUGGGCGGCGGCCUUCCUGGACUCCUCCCACAGCCUGUGGCACCAGCCGUUGGACGCGGCGGGCCGGGAGUGGCUGAAGACACGCUCCAGGAGGUGGGUCCUGAGCUCCAAGCCCCUGAACCAGCCGGUGGGGUCGUUGAAAGCAGGAUGCUCUCAGAUGUCAGCUGGGACACAGAGUCAUAACGCGGCCCCAUCUGUCUGCAUGGAGUCUGUGUUCAGGUUCUUCUCCAAAACGCUGAGUCCUAAACCACCCGCCACCUUCAGUAUGGUGACCCGCAGCAAGGGCACAGUGGGACAGAUCGGACCUCACAACGGGAGAGGCAUCACCAGGCCUUACUGACAGCACAGUGGGACAGAUCAGACCUCACAACGGGAGAGGCAUCACCAGGCCUUACUGACAACACCAGGGGGACAGAUCAGACCUCACAACGGGAGAGGCAUCACCAGGCCUUACUGA